AUGUAUUGCGGAUGAUACUUGCCAAUUUCACUGAUGUGCAACAGGGCUGCCAGACAUUACGAAAAAGACUCCGUCGCAAACAGCUGUGUUUAUGUUUAUCCCGCAUUAUGUUGAAAACAAAAUUGGCUCUCUGCUUGUUGGUGGCUAAAAAGUACAAAUGGCUAACGGAUAGCUAUGUUUUGGACUUUUAUGUAGACAAUCAUUGGAGCAAGCUGCCAGCAAGCUGGCGACAAGUUCUGGAACAGUUGCCUAUUGAAAAACUUUCAGAAUUAUUGCAAAGCCAAACAAAUGUGUCCAUUGUAUGGCCCUUGGAGCUGUUGGCAUUGCGUCAAUUGCUGCGCACAUUGUGCAUUGGUCGCUUAGCGAACAUUGCACAGGAUGAACUCCUGCCUGGUUGUCCAGUACUAGAGCAUGUCAAGCUGAAGCACAUGUUUCGCAAAUGUGUAAAACCCAAGAAGUGGCACGAGAUAACUAAAAUGUCCGCAAUAUGCGCGCAAAGCUGCAAGCAACUAAACGUGGACUACGUUGUGGACUUUGGCGCAGGUGUCGGACACUUGGCGCGUGUGCUAGGAUUUGGUUAUGGCAUCAAUGUUUGCUGCUUGGAAAUGCAAGCGCAUUUGAAUGCACAGGCUGUAACCAUAGAUGCUAAAUUGGAGUGCGUAGCAGCUAAACACUUGCAGGGAGAUGAUUUGGCCAACCUCAGACGACCUGUGCAUCUUACUCAACGCUUAAGCAGCACCACGCAGCCAGCAGAGUUAAUGGAAAGCAUAAGAGCAGCAUUUAAAUUGCCCAAUUGUAAUUUCAAAUUUGGCAUCAUAGGUCUGCAUCCUUGUGGCGAUUUGGCGCCUACAUUAAUGCGCCUAUUUCUCAACUGCCCACAGGCUAAAUUUCUGCAUUUUGCAAGCUGCUGUUACCAAAAGAUGAGCAACCAAGGCUAUCCACUAAGCAGCAGCUUUGAGUUAAGCUAUGAGGCACGUGAGAUUGCCUGCCAUGCGGCGGAGCAGUAUGAGCAACGUCUGAGCGCUGGCGAAUAUGAGUAUCUCAAGAUACAUUCCUUUCGUGCCGCAGCUGAGUCCAUUAUUGCUCAGCACCUGCCACAACUCAGGCACUCGGCACUGCGCAAUGUAAAACAUGCGCCUGGCAUGAGCUUCCACAAUUACUUUGAGCGAGCCAUUGAAGGCACUGCAUUAGCUGAGCUUAGUGGCAUUCUGUAUCCUGCGCAAAUUGAAAAGGAUUUGCAAUAUUGGCAGCGCAUUGUGUGUUUCUAUUCGUUGCGUCUUAUGCUGGCGCCGCUAGUGGAAAGCGUUGUGCUGCUCGAUCGUGCAUUGUUUCUUGAGCAAGAUGGCUGCCAUGUGCGUAUUGAAGCCAUUUUUGAUCCCCUCAUCUCGCCCCGAAAUCAUAUAACAAGCGCAUUAAAGUGCUGACAGUACAUUAAUUAGUUUUUUUUUGUUUAUACGAUUUGUUUGCCUAGAAGGAUUUACUCAUAUUCUACAGCCAUUG